AUGUCACUUGCUGACGCCAAAGUUAUCGGCACCGAGCCAUUGCCGGAGAAGGAGGCAGUAUGGACCAAGCUGGUUAAAAAAGUCUACGUCGACCCCAAGGGCGUCGAGCGCACAUGGGAAUCUGCCGAGCGCACUACCCGGCCGGCAGGUAGUGACAUCGACGGCGUGGGGAUCGCCGCCAUUUUGGAGAAGGAUACCGGGCCUGAAAUCAUCCUGCAAAAACAGUUCCGCCCUCCCGUCGACAAAAUCGUCAUCGAGCUCCCCGCCGGGCUCAUCGACGCCGGCGAAACACCCGAGCAAUGCGCUGUGCGCGAGCUCAGGGAGGAAACAGGCUACGUGGGCGAGGUGCUGGACACCUCGCCCGUAAUGUUUAAUGGCUAG